AUGACCUCGCGCCUGGUGCUGGCCAUUGGCGACCUCUUUAUCCCCGACAGGGCUCCGGAUCUACCUGCGCGGUUCAAAAAACUCCUCACCCCCGGAAAGAUCGGCCAGAUUCUCUGCCUGGGCAAUCUCACCGACCGCGAGACCUUUGAGUUCUUCCGCCAGAUCGCCCCGGACCUACAACUCGUCAAGGGCGACUACGAUGUCGACUCGCCCAAUCUCCCUCUUUCCAAAGUCGUGACCCACGGUAGUCUACGCAUCGGAUUCACCCAUGGCCACACCAUCAUCCCGCCGGGCGAUGCGGACGCCCUGCUGAUCGCUGCCCGCCAGAUGGACGUUGAUGUCUUGCUGUGGGGGGGCACGCACCGAUUCGAAGCGUUUGAGAUGGAGGGUCGCUUUUUUAUCAACCCUGGAAGUGCGACGGGGGCUUUUACCACUGGCUAUUUCCCCGAGGGCCAGGAACCGACGCCGAGCUUUUGCCUGAUGGAUGUCCAAGGAGACGUGCUCGUUCUUUACGUAUACCAACUGAAAACCGACGACAGUGGAGCCGAGACAGUCGCUGUUGAAAAAGUGUCUUUCCGCAAGCAAGGUGUUGCGACAUCUUGA